GUAGACGAUUUACAGUCGAUACACGUAUCUUCGUAUACAUAUAUCGGUUCUUUUUAUUUAAUAAAUCGUUUUUUAUCAGUUAUAUCUCCUUUUACGUGUAUUUAUUUAUAUUUUUUGUUUUUUUCUUUUUUUCUCGCAUUUUUAUUUUCUCUUUACGUUUUCUCUAAACUUUCUACAUAGGAGCAUAAAGACGUAGAGAGGGGCAAAAUCCAUACAAGAGUAGGGGAAUCAUUGAACCGAUUACAGGCAACGUCGAUGACGACAACGGCAUCGGUGUCGCAAGUCCGGAGUACGAACGAAGUAGUAGUCAAUCUUGAAGAGGGAAAAGAAGAAGAAAAACCGGUAGAUGUGACAACUUUAUCUGGUAGUACGCAGACUGUAGGGAACAUACUUGGUGGAUGUAGAAACUCUUUACCACCAACACGUUGUCAAACAAUUGGCCGUUUUCUUCGUCAAUUAAUCCUAGUCAUGCUGUUAAUAACAUUUAUCGCAGUUUCGUUGGCCUUCUUAACAUUUUACAUCGGCCACAUGUUUCUUCUACAACUUUUUGUUGUUGUGAUCGUUGCAUACUUUGUUGCUGGUGGUCGUCUAAGAUGGUUUUAUAUUGCCUUCCGUACAUUACCACGUGAUGUCAAAGGUUUGCUAAGAUAUAUUAAACUUCUUUGGUUAAUUCGUGGCCAUGAAAGAAAAAAUAAAAGCGUUGCCGAUCUAUUUCGGCAACACGUUGCACGGCAUCCCAAUAAAACGUGCAUCAUAUUCGAAGAUGAAGAAUGGACAUUCCAGCAAAUUGAAGACUUCAGUAAUAAAGUUGCAACGACGUUUAAAAAUCAUGGUUAUAAAAAAGGAGAUGUGGUAGCAUUAUUAAUGGAAAAUCGUCCAGAUUUUGUUGGAAUUUGGCUCGGUUUAAGUAAAAUAGGCAUAAUAACGUCAUUGAUUAAUAUUAAUCUUCGUAAAUCAUCAUUAUUACAUAGCAUCAACAUCGCUAAAUGUCAAGCAUUGAUCUAUAGUUCUGACUUUGACGAAGUCAUCGCGGAUAUUGUUAAUACACUCAAUGCAAAUAUAGCACUCUACAAGUAUGGAAAUGAGACAACUGUAGAAUCUACGCAAUAUUUAAAGGCAAAAAAUUUGACAAAUAUUUUAUCAGAGGUUUCUACAGUGUCACCAAUACCACAGGACAAAAGUUGUUAUCAUGACAAUUUAUUAUAUAUUUAUACCAGUGGAACUACUGGUCUUCCAAAGGCUGCUGUAAUAACUAAUUCAAGAUUUAUAUUCAUCGCUAGUGGAAUUAAUAUCAUAGCUAAAAUGAGAUCUUCCGAUAUAUUAUAUACACCAUUACCUUUGUAUCAUACAGCGGGUGGUAUUAUGUCAAUAGGUCAAGCAUUAUUACAUGGAAAUACGACUGUGAUUAGAAAAAAAUUUUCUGCUAGUGCUUAUUUCAACGAUUGCGUUAAGUACAAAUGCACGAUCGCACAAUAUAUAGGAGAAAUGUGUCGUUACAUUUUAGCAGUACCUGUAAAAUCUGAAGACAAACAACACAAUAUUCGAAUGAUUUUUGGUAAUGGACUUAGACCACAAAUAUGGAGUCAAUUUGUAGCACGUUUUAAUAUACCUCAGGUCAUUGAAUUUUAUGGUGCUACCGAGGGUAAUGCGAAUAUCGUAAACAUCGAUAAUACUGUUGGAGCUAUUGGAUUCAUAUCACGAAUUAUUACAUCGGUAUAUCCAAUAUCUAUUAUUAAAGUAAAUGCUGAAGGUGAACCAAUAAGAAAUGCCAAAGGAUUGUGUCAAGUUUGUGGUCCAAACGAACCUGGUGUUUUCAUUGGAAAAAUUAUAUCUAACAACCCGACACGAGCAUUUUUGGGAUACGUGGAUAAAAAAGCAUCGGAGAAUAAAAUCGUACGCGAUGUUUUCACUAAAGGCGAUUCUGCUUUUAUAUCUGGUGAUAUUCUUGUAGCAGACGAAUUGGGAUAUCUUUAUUUCAAAGAUAGAACCGGUGACACGUUUAGAUGGAAAGGAGAAAAUGUUUCAACGUCCGAAGUCGAAGCCAUAAUUAGUAAUUUUAUAAAUUAUAAAGAUUGUAUAAUUUACGGUGUUGAGAUUCAUGGUACAGAAGGACGAGCUGGUAUGGCUGCUAUUUGUGACGAAACAAACACAUUGAAUCUAAAACAAUUAUCAUCCAAUAUUAAAGAUCAAUUACCGUUUUAUGCUAGGCCUCAAUUUCUUCGAAUAUUAUCGAAAGUUGAUCUCACAAGUACAUUUAAAUUGAAGAAAAAGGAUUUACAAGAAGAAGGCUUCGAUCCUAAAAGAAUACAAGACAAAUUAUAUUACUUAGAUCCCAAAUUGGGAUAUCAGGUGUUAACGAAAGAAAUAUUCGAUGAAAUUCAAGGAGGAAAAAUUAAAUUAUAAAAUUGUUGCAAUAAAUGAUACAAAGAAAAAUCGAGAAUAAAUGAUAUUGAGAAGAUGACAUCUUGGAAUGAAAUCAGAAAAAUGUAUGUCAUAUGUUAUAUAUAAUGCUCUUUAUUGCUUAUAUAUGCUAUGAUAAAUCGAUUUAACUAUGCUAAAUCUUUACUAUUUACCACAUAAAUGGAGAAAGUCAAACUACUUGUUUCAUUUUUAUAUAUAUACAUAUAUACAUAUGUAUGUAUAAUAAUGAAUAGAAUGACAAAGAUAAAAUUGCUUGUCAUGUGAAUGUUUUCACAACGUACACUGUUAUAUUAUAUUACAAUAAUCUAUAUGUGGAUAUACAGGGUAGUCCAAAAUAAAAGGUCAAUAACUUCAAAGUUUGUAAUUUCAUAAAUUGUGAAUUUUAAUUAUUAAUUAAUAAAAAAAUAGAAAAAAAAAAUAAUAAUUAUAAUAAUAAUAAUUCAAAUUCGUUGAUGAUACAUGAAGUUACAAGUUUUAAAGUUAUUACCAAUUAUUUUGGACCUCCUUAUAUAUGUGUAUAGAGAUAUACCUUCGUCUAUUUAUGUUUGUACAUAACAAUUUAAUUUAAAUUAAGAAAUACAAUUUUUCCCGGUAUACCAAUAGCUUUUCGUAACAAUUGUAGUUUCCUAUGUUUCUAUUUUUUUUUUUUUUUUUUUUUUUUUUUUUUUUUUU